UUUAAUAAUGGUGUCUUUACAAGCCUUAUCACAUCUCCCCAGUGUUUUCUCUAAGAGUUCUAGUUCAAGUUUGCGAUGAUUUAGUUAUUCUUCGAACCACAGCAGGAGAGCCAAAGUUUAGUUUAGAGUAACUCCUCGCCAUCUUCACCCUGCUUUUUAUAGAUCCGAAAGCCUUCUCAACGCGAUCCAUCUUCGAACAGUAGAAAGGAAGAAGCAUAGUCUGUCAUGUAUCUUGUUUCAAAACCUUGAAGCAUGGGUGUCCUCUUUAUCGAUUGUAAUAACUAAGAAUUGCUUUCCGCUUCAUCAGGCCUCUUGACCAAACAAGUAGAGAAAUAUUGAGAAGUUUUCAGCUUCACCAUCCCGAUAUUUAUGAAAGAGAACCAACUUCAGUCUCAAGAACUUGCGAGAGUAAAUAUUCAUUUGCCUUUUGGUCCACCACUGAGCUUUUUACGUACCCUUCACUAGAAGCUAAGUCCGCCUCUUGCUUACACUUUUGUUGGAGCUAGAUUCAUCAUUGUGGAUACAACUCUGCCAAGAGUGAACCAUACACAAGAGAUCGCUACAGAAAAGGGCUUUCACCAGCUUAUUUAUGUAGGUCCGAUUUCUAGGGCUGCAUAAGCAUUAAGUUCUGAAUCCAUACGUGAAACUUCUUUACAAGCAAGUUCUAAUCCUAGAAGACGAGAUGUGAAGCUCUGAGUGUGCAAUAACUUUCUCAUAUGUUAAUUGCAUUGUUGAAGAGUUCUAUAUGACUUCAUUACUCUCAAUUUAUUUCUCUCGAUCUGUCCUUACUGAGAAAAUGGUGGCUUCAAUUUUGUUUUCUUAUCUUCAGUAUCAUCUUCCCCAACCUUGAACAUUUUCUUCAGUCUGUAUCAAGAUAAAUUUAAAAUAUUUAGUACCCUGGCAAUGGGUCCCAAAGUGCGAAAAUACUUAGAAGCCAGAUGCAAUACUUUUGCUACACAAUUUCUGUUUAUCUUCCAUCUAGACAGCUUCAAGUAGGAUUUUUCUUAAUGUCAUCGAAUCUGUCUUUUGACCUACAUUGGUCUAUCUUCUUUGCUAUCUCGUCUGCUUUCCUAGUCUAAAAAUAUUUUUAAACUCUGAGUUGUUUACCAAAUUUCUUAGUUACUCUGUCUAUACUGAUCCUAGCUAUCAAGAGGCAAGUAUUAAAAUCAAUAAUCUCUUGAAAAUCUUCAUUGAAUCAAUUUUAUUACUUCUAAUUUCUCUGUUCUUCUGAGGCAAGGAAUUGCUUUACCUUUCAACUCAUUGCUA